AUGGACGAAGCCUUUAACCAACACGCCACACGGCGAAAGAACCGGUCCUCAACAAACCUCAACCGAUUAACGCUAGCACCUUUGACGUCAAGGCUGCCCCUCGAUGGAGUCGAUAGUAACACCGAGGUUCAUUUCACACAACGUGCCGAGCGCACAAUAUCCUAUAUUGAAGGGAAAUCGGCCCCCACAACCCCGAGACUCCUCUCCCGGUCCGCCGCCAGGUCUCCGACGCGAGCCCGGUUCUCACAGAUGACGGGGACGUCGCUCACCAAGAGCAAAUCCACUACUCACCUUGCACUCUCCACCACAAGUAUCCAGGACCGUGUCGUCGUUUCUGGCACAGCCUCGCCGCUUCGGCGCCGGAAGGACGAGCAGUUGAUCACGGAGUUUGCCGAUCGUGAUUGGCUAUUCCGGACGGGUGCGCUUAUGAGUAGCGAGGCCCGCGAGUUCAAGGGUCAAGCAUGGCUGGUGUCGAGAGCCAGUUCAACGAGCCUAGUUGUCGCGCGAGAUGACGAGGAUGAGGAUAUUCUUGAGCAACAGUUUGAGCGCGAUAGGGAGUUUGCAAGCCGGCACUCUAGCCACCGUGCCGAUUUGGACGAAUACUUUGGGCAAAGCCCCGAGAGCAACGAGAAUUACGCUGGUCCAGAUUUUGUCAACCUGGACGAGCGCCUCGAGGCUCUUGGAAAGGAGGCCCAAGACGACGAGGCUGUGGUUCGUAAGCUCGUCCGUAGGGGCCAAGCCGGCCGAGACUCGUGGCUCGCCAAUGUUUUAGGCUGGUCUCUAUUCUCGGUAGAAGAGGACGACGAUGAAUCGGAUAGCGGUGACGAUACUACCGAUGCCGACACAGAAGGACUUCCAACAGCGAGUAGAACGUCAUCGGCAAGAUCAUUAGAUCAUCUAACAAAAUUACGGGAAGAGCCUAUCCCCCUCCUCAAUCGGACGAGGGAGGCUGGAACGACGCUGCGUGGUUGCUCAGCGUGGCGUCGAGAGUGA